CGCGCGGCUCCGGCCCACAGCCCCAGCCUCUCCUCCGCGCCUUCCCCCAUGGGUCUUCCACGGGGCUCGCAGCAGCAGAAGCAGCGCCCGUCAGGCGUUUUAGGGGCCUGAGUGAGCCCGUCCCGCCGCCCCCCUCCCUAUGACACGCGUGCCAGGUCCGGGGCUCCGCCGCCGCGCUGUGCGAGGGCAGGCUUUACCUGACACCCUGUUCCCCCUCAGCCCGCCACGCCCCUCCCUUCCUCCUCCGUCCCCUCUUGGCCAGUGGUGAGCGGGAGGAGCUCAGCGCGGGCGCCGCCCGGCUCAGGCUAUAAGAUCGAGGCGCGCGCGACGUCCCGGGGAAACCGCGAGGGGGCGAGGCGAGCGAGACCGAAUCUCUCUGAGGAACCCACACAAGCGUGAGCAUGGCGUCCUCGGCGAGGUCCACUCCCCCGACCUCCAGGAGGAUUCGGGACGACAUCAACCUCCCGACCAGCAAGUGCGACGUGGUCGUCGUAGGGGGAGGCAUCUCAGGUCUGUCUGCUGCCAAACUGUUGGCAGAAUAUGAAAUUGAUGUUGUGGUUUUAGAGGCACGGAACCGAGUUGGAGGAAGGACUUACACUCUGAGGAAUGACUUCGUUGAUUAUGUAGAUAUUGGUGGAGCCUAUGUAGGACCUACUCAAAAUAGAAUCCUACGAUUAUCUAAGGAGCUGGGUUUAGAGACUUAUAAAGUAAAUAUAAAGGAAUGCCUUAUUCAUCAUGUAAAGGGAAAAUCUACAGCUUUCAGGGGUACCUUUCCUCCAGUGUGGAAUCCCAUAGCAUAUCUGGAUUAUAACAAUCUGUGGAGGACAAUAGAUCACAUGGGCAAGGAGAUUCCUUCUGAAGCUCCCUGGCAGGCACCUCAUGCUGAAGAAUGGGACAGGAUGACCAUGAAGGAUCUCAUUGAAAAGAUCUGCUGGACUAAAACUGCCAGGCAAUUUGCUUUUCUUUUUGUGAAUAUCAACGUUACGUCUGAACCUCAUGAAGUUUCUGCCCUCUGGUUCCUGUGGUAUGUGAAGCAGUGUGGGGGCACAACUAGAAUAUUUUCUGUCAGCAAUGGGGGCCAGGAAAGGAAGUUUAUUGGAGGUUCUGGUCAAGUUAGUGAAAAGAUCAUGGAACUUCUUGGAGAACGAGUAAAGCUGGAGAGGCCUGUAUCCUAUAUUGAUCAGUCAGGUGAUGGUGUCCUUGUGGAGACUGCAAACCAUGAGAGAUAUGAGUGCAGAUAUGUAAUUAGUGCGAUCCCUCCAAUCUUGACUUGCAAGAUCCACUUCCGACCAGAACUUCCAUCAGAGAGAAACCAGUUAAUCCAGCGGCUUCCAAUGGGGGCCAUCAUUAAAUGUGUGACGUAUUACAAGGAAGCCUUUUGGAAGAAGAAGAAUUACUGUGGCUGCAUACUCAUUGAAGAUGAUGAUGCUCCAAUUUCAAUCACCUUAGAUGACAGUAAGCCAGAUGGAUCUAUACCUGCCAUCAUGGGGUUUAUCCUUGCCAGGAAGGCUCAUCAACUUGCCACCAUUAGUAAGGAGCUAAGGAAGAGGAAAAUCUGUGAACUUUAUGCAAAAGUGUUGGGAUCACAAGAAGCUUUGCAACCAGUCCAUUAUGAGGAGAAGAACUGGUGUGAAGAUCAGUACUCUGGAGGCUGCUACACGGCCUACUUCCCUCCAGGGACCAUGACUCAGUAUGGAAGGGUUAUCCGCCAGCCGGUUGACAAGGUUUAUUUUGCUGGGACAGAGACAGCAACCUAUUGGAGUGGAUACAUGGAGGGAGCAGUGGAAGCUGGAGAAAGAGCAGCUAGAGAGGUGUUGAAUGCCUUGGGGAAGGUGGCAAAAAAAGACAUUUGGGUACCAGAACCAGAGUCAAAGGAAGUUCCAGCCCUGACAAUCACCACCACCUUCUGGGAGAGAAACUUACCGUCAGUCCCAGGCCUGCUGAUGGCUCUCGGAAUGUCCUCUUCUAUAAUUGCCCUCUGUGUGAUGAUUUGCAAAUGCAGGAGCUUCAUACGAUAGAUUCUAAAAUUUCAUUUUCAUGCUUUCUGCUUCUUCCUUCCCAGCAGCAUCAAAAGGAAAAUCUGGAAAAAUUAAAUGCGGUAACGUUGGACCCUAUUUUUGUGCACUGGAUUUUACAAGCCAAUUCUUUUCCCUGUCAGUGUUAAAGUCAUCCCCCCAAAACAAAACAAAACAAAGCAAAUCCCACUCAAUCAGUUUCAAUAAGAGCAAGGUUUAUCCCAUCACUUGUAUGUGCAAAUUAACUUGUGUUCAUUGAUAGAAUAAAACCAUAUUGUCAGAUUUUAAAUUUCAGGAAAUUAAAACUCUCAAGGGAAAGCAUUUAAAGGUCAGAUGCUCAUAAGAAACAAUCACUUCUAUAUCCUGAUUUCCUCCUUUAAAAAUGGGAACACCUUAUGAUUUCAUAAAUAAAUUUCUUUUUAACCUCUCCAUAGUGGCUCCAUAAGUUAAGCAUCAAUCCCAUGAAAUAAUCAUCACAGCAAGGAGGCCAGCCUGAGGGCCACAUGGUAGUGGUGACUAAAGUAUAUUCUUGGGGCCCUCUUUCCACCCUUGGGGAUGGGGGUGUUUAUAAAGGGCCCACUGUUCACAGAGUUUCCUGGGGUGAGUGGGCCUUUCUCUAAAUCGUUUUAAUGUGGUACUAGAAAUAAAAACAUUGGAUUGCAGUGAGUGUUUAGAAGCAUAUCUUGUGUACAUCUGCUGUGGAGAAUGCGUUUCAUUUCUGAUUUCCACGAAUUGUCUUAUGAUCUGGUCUUUUCUGUUGCCGUGUGUGUGCGUGUGUGUGCACGUGUGCGUGUGUGUACAUACAUGUGUAUGUACAUGCGUAUGUCUGUGUGUGUUUUCCUUUGCUGCUAUAGAUGUAUUCUAAACCUGAGGAGAAUGUAUUUACUGAUGUAUACAGCUUAAAGUGUUGUGCCAGUUGGUUAGGAUAAAGUCUAUAAAUAGAAUCUUAUAUUAAUCCAAACAAAGCGUUUUUCUAAAGGAUUAUAAUUACUGUAUUCUUACAGAUAAAACCAGUAUGCCUUCCCCCUCCACCCCCACCCCCACCCCCACCUCUAGUUACUCUGUGACAUUGGGGAGAAAAUCAAUUUAAUCAUCAUCAGUAAAACCUGAAAUGUGAGUUUGGGGCCAGAAUCUAAGCUGGGGGUGGGGGAGGCUCUCAGAAGCUUCUUUCGUUUUCUGAUUGUGGCUGUUUUACACUUAGACAAGAGGGUCUACAACUUUGAUGCUACUUCUGUUUUCCUAGCACCACUUUUUUCUGUAUUAUGAUUAGAUGGCAAUCAGACCAAAUAUUUUGAUGAAAUAUUGUUGCUAAAGAUUGAAAUUGUACUCAAAUACAGUAACAAAUUUUUAGAUUUCAGACUACUAUAUAUUUUGAAAAAUAAUUCUGAAGGAUAUCAAAUGUAAUCUUAUAAAUCACUCAUCAAAAAGAAAGUAGAAAUCAGUGAAAAUGAUCUGACCUUUUACAUUUAUUUUGCUUUAAAUAAAAGGCAGGAAACCAAGUGGAUUAUAAAUGUCCUUUAUUCUAGAAGACAUAUUGGUCAGUACAUGUACAUGUUUCUUUCUCAUGAUGCCAUUUUGCUGUCACACUUUUGAAAACUUUAUUAAAUCCAAGGUAGCACUUCUAAACAAACAGAAGGAAUGUCUUGUUAAUGGUAAUGUGAGAUAGCAAAAAAAAAAAAAAAAAAGAAGAAGAAGAAGAAGAAGAGACAGCCCAUUCAGAUAAUAAUAAUAGAAAGUAAUUUAGAAGAUCUGGCAAAGUCAAUCUUGGCAAUGCAUUGAGUAUCUGCGUGUAAUAAUUUGUCCAAUAUCAGUCCAGGGACCAGGGUGUUUCGCUUAAAUGAAUUUUCCAGAUAACUGAAGCUUAACCCUUCAGGUGCCAAAACUUUAAAAAUGUUAACUUUUUAUUGAGCUCUCUUAAGGUGUAUUAGGCCAUCUACUUUCAUAUUCUUAUUAAACAAAAAUUUAGCUUUUUCUUGAUUUCUCAGGGCUCUCAUUGUAAACACCAAUUAUACACCUGCUCAGUGCCCUCAGAAGCUACUUUUCCCAUCCAGAAACUUACAUUAAGUGAUUCUUCAGCCUCUCCUGGAUCCUCCUUCACUACUAUUGUCAUUUGUCAGGGCCAGCUUUGCCCUUCUUUCUCAGUCUACCACUGCUUAUAGACUCUUAAGAACUAUUGGUUGCCAAAGGAAACUAGAUAAAGUUGAUUUAUCAAAUCCCCACCUUCUUAAAGAGCACUGCUCUGAGGUAGCAGGAAGCCUGGAAGACUUCUCAAUGAAAAGUAGCCUUUGAGACAUACCUUGCAUACCUGUAUACCUUGUAGCUUUAAACCCUUGGCUGGUUGCUUUCAGGUUUUCUGCUCUAUUCCCUGGGUAGAUGAGAUUGCUGUAAUCUAGUCAGUCACAUCAGCCCUAGCUCUUCAGUGGAGAACCAUUGAUUUAGGUUUCUUUGGAUAUGGCAUGAGGGUCAGAUUUAAUAAUAGCUAAGGGGUGUUAUUAGCAUCUGACUCCCAAGGUUUAUAUGCAUCUGUGGUAUAGAGGAUGGAAAUAGCUUUGACCAGGAUUCAGAAGACUGAUGAGUUCAGUGACUUUGAACAAGUCACUUGCCCUCCCUGGGGCCUCAGUUUCCUCCUCUGAAAAAACAAGAGAAACCUUAUUCCCUCUUGUUCUUAGCCAAUCUGUUCUAGUCAGUCCAGUUGUCUUAAACUAGAAAUUAAAUCAAUCACAAAAUAAGUGCCAAUCCAGACAUUUUCAUGGAAUCAGCUAGGAUUUAUAGAUCAUGUUGCCUGGCUGAACAGAGACUGUAAUAAUCUUUUUUGAACCAAAUGAAUGAAGUCACUUUGUGAAAUCUGAUAGGGUAUAGGCUUAUUAGGCCAUCUACUUUAGAAUUUCAGAUUAAAAUAGGAGUCCCAUGGUAAGAUCCCUAGAAAGGGAUAGCAGUUAACCCUUGGUGGUUUUUAACUGUGUUAUGAAAAAUUUUAACAUACUGUAUUAUGGGAAAACUUUGAAGGAUUGGGGAAUGUGUUCAAUUUGUCAGUUUAGUGUCUGAUGUUUUGUGCCUCAAGUUUGCCUCAAAGCUGCAUCUGUGGAAGUAUGUGUAUGUUCUUUGGCUAUAAAGUAAGAUUUUUGCCUUUACUGUUUUGUUUGUUAAUAAAGUAGAAUGAAUAUCA